AUGCGAAGCCUUUUGAUCCUUUGUGCUGUACUGUAUGCAAGCUAUGGGCUGAAGUGUUAUAAAGAUGCGAGCAAAGGUGAAGGACACACAGAGACGAAAAAAGAGGUCGAAUGCGUUUGCGGGGACUAUUGUGUGAAGUAUUUUGCCGAGGGAAAAGGUAAAGAGAUUGCGAAAGAUAAGCAAAUCAAACACGAGAAUGGACAAGGAAUCAAUGAUGAAGAAGCAGAAGAAGGGAAAGAGAAAGAGAAAGAGAAAACAGUUGUGGAGAAGACAAAGACAGAAAAGACAACAACAGCUCGAGCAGCUAGCUGGGAUUGUGGAUGCUCUCGAACAGGCGGUUUCCAAUCAGAUAUGUGCAAGGAAGAAGGUCGUGGUGUAUUCGCUUCACUUUUAAGAAAAACACGCAUUCACAAAAUGAGUCAAAUCUCGGCACUCACAUUUCUCUUUUUAUUCUUUUUCUCGACAACAACAUCGUUGAAGUGUUACGAAGAUGAGAGCACGACAAAGCAUCAUUCAGAUAAGAAAAAGGAGGUCGAGUGCGCUUGCGGAGAUUAUUGUGUGAAAUUCUAUAUCGAGGCAAUGGGAAAAGAGGGUUCACAAUGGGGAUGCGGAUGUUAUAAUGAGGUCGAAGGACAAAUCAAUAUGUGUCAGCAAAAAGGUCGCGAUGUUUGGGGCACCGAUCCAGAGAUCGAGAUGAGAUCCACAAUUGCUUUCUGCUUUGUUUUGUUGCUCGUUUCGGUGGAGGCGCGAAAAUGUUGGAGCGAUGUUAGUAGCGAUGGGAAACACACGAAAAAGAAGAAAGCUGUAACGUGCGACUGUGGAGAUUAUUGUAUGAAAGUUGGAACAGACCUUGGGGGCUAUGGCUGGGGCUGCUCGUGUUCAGCUGGAGGCAUUGACCUUUGUCCGAAUGACCAGAACGCCGUGCCGAACCUUUGGUGCUGCAAGAAAGACAAAUGCAAUAGCUCGAGUCUCGCCUCUUUCUCUUUCACCAUUCUCUUCGUGAUCUCAGCUUUCCUCUUAAAGUAU